AACCAGCUCCCAACCAAAGAGCUCCUCUGUCUCUCUCACACUGGGUUUUAAACCAGAACUUUACCUCUGAAAGAAAACAUUACUCCAGAGGAACUUAUUGCUGAAGUCUAAAGGACACUUAACAAUACUUAAGCCAAAGGACGUGUGUUAAAAAGAGGAAGAGGGACAGCAGGUGUUCAGCAGCACCUAUAAGGUGUCUUGCUUACAGUUAACUUGAGUUCCUGCAGGUCAAUAACACAUCUGAAGACCCAGCAGCAGCUAUGACUCAGAGCAAUGGGGAGAACCCACAGAGGACCCGGAGUGGGCUGCAGCAGAUCCGGGCCGGGGUCCAGUCCCGAUCCCUGCUGGCCAAGAAGAGAGUGGAGAGUAUCACGAAGGACGAUUUCAGAGGAUUCUUCAUGAGAAAUGCCUUUGUUAUCCUUACCGUCGCUGCUGUCAUUAUUGGCAUUAUCAUGGGAUUUGCCCUGCGGCCUUACAAGAUGUCGUACCGGGAGAUGAAGUUCUUCUCGUUCCCUGGGGAGCUGCUAAUGAGAAUGCUUCAGAUGCUGGUGCUGCCCCUGCUGGUUUCCAGUCUCAUCACAGGUAUGGCAGCUCUGGACGGCCGUGCUUCUGGGAAAAUGGGUCUGCGGGCAGUUCUGUACUACACCACCACCACUGUUAUUGCUGUGUUCAUUGGUAUCGUCAUGGUGCUCAUUAUUCAUCCUGGACAAGGAUCAAAGGAUGAGUUCACCAACCAGCAGCAGGUUGAGCAGGUCAACGCUGCUGACGCCUUCCUGGACUUGAUUAGAAAUAUGUUUCCCCCUAACCUUGUGGAGGCUUGCACCAAACAGUUUAAGACACAGUAUGCCAAGAGAAUAGUCCAUGUGAAAAUGACUGUGAACGACACCAUAUUCACACUUAAUGGUAGCGAGAUAACCCGGGAGGAGAUGAUCCCGGUGCCUGGAGCGGUCAAUGGAGUCAAUGCUCUUGGCCUGGUUGUGUUCUCAAUCUGCUUCGGUCUGAUAAUCUCGAGCAUGGGGGAGCAGGGGCGGCCCCUCAAGGACUUCUUUGACUGUCUUAAUGAAGCCAUCAUGAGGCUGGUUGCCAUAAUCAUGUGGUAUGCCCCCAUCGGUAUCCUGUUCCUGAUCGCUGGUAAGAUCGUGGAGAUGGAUGACAUCUCAUCCAUGGGCGGACAGCUGGCCAUGUACACUGUGACGGUCAUUUGUGGCCUGCUCAUUCACGCCCUCUUCGUCUUGCCAACACUUUACUUCCUCGUAACCAGGAAGAACCCAUUUGUUUUCAUCGGCGGGCUGCUGCAGGCGCUCAUCACCGCUCUGGGAACAUCCUCAAGCUCUGCCACAUUGCCCAUUACUUUUAAAUGCCUGGAGGAAAACAACAAGGUGGACAAGCGUGUGACCCGUUUCGUGCUCCCUGUCGGCGCCACCAUAAACAUGGAUGGAACAGCUCUGUAUGAAGCCCUGGCUGCCAUCUUUAUUGCUCAGGUCAACAAUUAUAACCUUGACUUUGGACAGAUUCUCACCAUCAGUAUCACAGCCACAGCAGCCAGUAUCGGAGCAGCUGGAAUCCCUCAGGCAGGACUGGUCACCAUGGUGAUAGUGCUAACGUCUGUCGGCCUUCCCACUGACGACAUCUCGCUCAUCAUCGCUGUUGAUUGGUUAUUGGACCGACUGCGCACCAUGACCAAUGUCCUUGGAGACUCCAUCGGUGCAGGUAUAGUGGAGCACCUGUCUCGCCACGAGUUGCAGAAGAAGGACCCUGAGGUGGGAAACUCGGUGGUGGAGGAGGCAGACAAGAAGCCGUACCAGCUAAUCUGCCAGGAGAAUGAGUAUGAGAAUGAGAGACCUGCUGACAGCGAGACCAAGAUGUAGAUUUUUGUUCAGGCUGCUUACAUUCUUAGGAAAACAAUUGCACUGCAUUGAACCACGUUCUCAAACUAAGCCCUACUUAAUUUGAAUACCUUUGUCUCUCAAGUGUGGAGGGACCAAAUUAAAUUGAUCUACAGCUAGAAUAUAUUUCAACCAAGAUGAGUUAUACUUAUGUGUGUGAGCUUCCCAGACAGAUGGUUCACUGUUGCUUUGUUUUUUCUAAAAGUUUGUAUUAUGAUGUUUCCUAAGAGUACUAUGUGUUUCUGCCAUAGGGUGGCAGCUAUUUACUAUUACAGCAAUAAUGAAUUACUCUUCAGCUUGUUGCUCUGUGGCCUGCACGCCAUAUCCAGCUCCUCUCAGAACUAUGACGACUGAUCUCCCCCACUAGAGGCCAGUACUGCUGUGAGUCUUAACACCGCAGCAGAUUACCGCCCAAACUUGACUUUUUCUGGCUUUAAAAUUGUUGGUUUUCUUUUGUUUGAGUGGUGAUGUAUGUAGGUGAAAUGGUUGUGAAAAAUCUGUUUGGAGACUGAUGGGAAAAGUGUUUAAUACCAUGUCCACUUUUUGGGGGAAAAAGGCUGCUUAUUUGCAAACUUCUGUAUAGACAUUAGUGGCUUUAUUUUCUACGAUUUGGUGGAGGGAUUAUGUAAUUUAACCUAAAACACACAUACCUGUCCAACACAGGAAGUGCUACACUUUUCAGAAUAUUUUGGCAACUAUCUAACCCCUUUUUGUGACACAUACUGCUCAAACCAAUCAUUUCAGUCAUAAAGACUGGCAAACCAAAAUCACUCUACCUGUACAUUUGAUCAACUUAGAAUUUAAACUGUAAUCAUAUCAAGAUAUCAACCAAAAAGAAAAAACACCAAAUAUUAUUUUCAAAUUUGGGUAGUUUCAUCAAAUCAUACCUGCCCAUGCCCGGAAAAAAUAUUGCUAACCCGUACAUUAACAGUACUGCUAAAAAAGGAAAAUAGUGAUUUUUGUAUUAUUGAAAUCAUAAUUUUGAUUGUGAGUUUGCCCUAUAACAUGGGGAUUUAACUCAAAAUGAUUUGGUUGAAACAUUCACAUGUCAGUACGAACUAUUGUUUUGUAUUAAAUUAGUAAACCAGGUAUUCAGUAGGCUGAAUAUAUAAUUUUCUAAUACUUUUUUUCUCAAAUCAGACUCUUUAGAUAACUAAAUCUAAUGUUUUAUUUCAUUUGAUUAAAUAUGAACGCAUGUUGUAAAAUAACACAUUUGAGUUAUUUUCUAAUCUUUUUGUAUCUAACUUUUAGGCUUACUUGAAAAUAUUAAGUAUACAUUAAAAAUGCAACAUUUAUAUAAUCUUUGCUUUGUAUAGAAGAUUAUUUUGAAUAUACUGUGCUUGUAUAGAGAAAUGUAGAUAAACAUGUACAUUAAUUGUAGAUUUAAAUUGUAAAAACGAUUCUUUGAGGAUUUUGUAUGUAAAGAAGUUGUUACAAUGCUCUUAAAAACUAACAAUCCCUCUAGUUCCUUUUACAAAUGCAAAACUGGCUGAUUUAAAGGACCAAUUGUUAUGUUACCUGUACGAACUUGAGGAAAUGAAAUAGUUCCUUUGUUUACAGUUGCUGGUGUCUCUUUUGAUAUGAAUGUUUCACACAUGAAUUCAUAUGUGCCUGCAAACACACACACACACACACACACACACACACACACACACACACACACACACACACACACACACACACACACACACACACACACACACACACACACACACAAACACACACACAUUUGAACAAUAUUUGUAGUUCUAUCUUGCAUGGAUUUUUAUCAAUAAAAAUUGUAAUCAGUU